UUUUGAGGAACGAAUCAAACGAGGCAGUUUACAUCGCCACCGCUUACUGUAUAUAAUAUUUUUAUCGUACUAUAUUAUUUUUAGUUGUCGUUAGUUUGCGAAAAAAUUAUUAGUAGAAAAAACUUGGAUAUCUGUUUUUAAAAAUUGAUAAUUUCUUUCCGGAAGUUAUAUCAUCGGCUUUAAGAUUUAUUCCGCGAAUGUAUGUGUAUGAUGUUACAGCUGUGACAGAAUGGGCGAGGAGAAAACGCCAAAACAACAACUACUAAUGACAACACUGGAAAGUUUGGGUAACCAUCUGCAUUCGCAGAUCACGACCAGGUUCCCUCAGUUGACUUAUAGUCUGGUUUCUAAAAUCACUGGAAUUCUGUUGGAAUGUGGAGAAAAAGAGGUUUUAGCGAUGUUGCAAAAUGGACCGAAAUUACAGAUGCGGAUAUCGCAGGUGCUACGAACCCUUUAUACAGAUCAACCUUCUCACAGUCAAAUCACAUCACCACAACCCAUUGAUAACUCUGUUGAAUGGACAGAUGAAGAUUCUGAGAAACUCUUUGAUAAAGUAGCUACAAUUGAGCCUGUACAUUGUGCGAAAAUAACAGGAAUGCUGUUAGAAGGAGAUAAGAAUUUUCUAAGACAAUCUCUAAUUAAUGAAGAUCUCUUAAAAUCUGCCAUCUGUAAAGCUCGACUGACCUACCUUCAGUCAAUUGGUCUUAUAUCAUCUUCUGCUUGUGAUACAGAAAUAAAAGAAGAAAAUUGUUUGGAUGACAAAGGAGAUGCUAUCUACUCACAAGUCACUAUGUGGUUUUCUCCAAAAUUAGCUGAAAAAAUUACUGGUAUGCUGUUGGAGAUGCCUUCUGAAGAAUUGUCACUGACAGUCAACAAUCUCAAAGUAUUGAAGAACAGAGCUGAAGAAGCAUAUGUGGCAUUGAAAAAUAGUGGUCAUUUAACGAUGUAUGAAAGUUCCUUGGAAGAUUCAGUUGAAUUUGAAUAAUAAUAAUCUUUUCUGCUAGAGGCACAAGGCUUGAAACUUAGGGAGGGGAGUAGUUGAUAACAUCAACCCCAGUACGUCACUGGUACUUAUUUUACCAACUC